AUGUCUCUAAACCGAAUCCUCCUGAUCGGCGCCUCAGGAAACCUAGGCAGCCUAAUCCUGAACCACCUCAUCUCCUCUCCGUCUGGGUUCCAAGUGAUCGUCCUGUCCCGCGAGUCCUCCAAAGCCACAUUCCCACAAGACAAAAGGCUAGAAAUCCGCCGCGUGGGCGACGACUACCCUCCCGACGGCCUGCAAGCGGCAUUCCGCGAUGCCGACGCCGUCAUCUCCGCGAUCUCCAUGGCCGGAAUGCACCAACAGUACAAAUUCAUCGACGCGGCCAUCGCCGCGGGCGUCAAGCGGUAUUUCCCCACCGAAUUCGGCCUAGACGACCUGCCCGACUGGCUGGUCGAGUUGAGGCCGAUGUUCCGCAUCAAGCAUGAUGUCCGCGACUACCUGGCGGCCAAAUAUGCAGAGAAAGGCCAACAGGGUCUGGAGUGGACGGAGAUCGUAUGUAAUGUGUUUUUCGAAAUGGGCGUGAUGUCGGGCUUCUUCCAGUUUGACUGGUCGAGUCGAACGGCGACGUUGAUCGAUGGCGGCGACGCGAAAUGGGUCGUCACGACGCUGGACACUGUGGCGCUGGCCGUGGUGAGAGCCCUCGAGAAGCCCGAGGUCACGAAGAACCGGUUGUUGCUGGUCCAGGACUUUCGGACGAGUCAGCGUGAGAUCUUGGAUGCGAUUGAGCAGAGGACCAGGGAGAAGUGGGGGGUUCGGCACGUCCAGUAUGCGCCCUGGUUGGAGGAGGUCAAGAACUUGGUGAGGAGGGGCGAUGAGAGCGCCCUGCCGAAAUUGACUUUUGCCACUGUCGUGCCUGGUAGUCGGUGGGAGGAUAGAGAGGAGUUUGCGAAUCGUUUGUUGGGCUUGCCGACAAAGUCGUUUGAUGAGGCUAUGGACGCUGCGUUGAAGAAUGUGGUGUGA